UUCAAAACCGACAACAACACAAGUCUUCACAAGUGCUGACGAUUCUCUUCUGAAACUCCGAGGUCGUACCUCCAAAUCCUAGCUUUCCCCUUGAUUUCUCAGUCCCUUGCAUUCUGCUUUUCUUGAUAGAGAAUUCCACAAUUUUCCUACUCAAAAAAGACCCAACAUUUAUCUCAGAAAUUCUCGUUCUAUUGCUUAUACAUCUACAAAUUCUCAUAGAUUUUCCCUCUGAGUUUUGCUGUUCAAACUUAAAUUCAUUGCUUUAAUUUUAUUCCUUUCUUGAUAAAUUUGGUAGUAUCAGCUGUUUUUAGAUUGAUUGGUUGGUGCAAAUAUGGAUGAUAUGAAGGAUAAAGUCAAAGGGUUCAUGAAAAAAGUCAACAACCCAUUCUCAUCAUCAUCUUCUUCUUCUUCUUCUUCGGGUAAAUUCAAAGGUCCAGGUAGAGUAUUGGGUUCAUCUUCAUUGGGAACCACAAAUCCAAUCAUUAACCGCCCAUCCCAGAAUCUCAAUUCAAGCCCAAGUAAACCCUUACCAACUUCAUCAAAUUCCAAAUCCUUGCGUGAAGAACCAAGUCAGUCUGAUAAAAAACCCCAAAAUAGGCCUGAAAAUCAGAGUUUUUCGGACCCAAAAUGUAAACCAGUAAGUGGGUUUGAUCCAUUUGACUCAUUGAUCACUUCUGGGAAGAGAAAUUCAAAUGGGUAUUCUUUAAAAGUGUUUGAAUGUCCAGUUUGUGGUGGCGGAUUUGGGUCAGAACAAGAAGUGUCAGAACAUGUUGAAGGUUGUUUUAGUAGCUCGGAGGCGAAUAAUUUGAUUGCUUCGAAGGAUUUUGAUGGUGGUGAAAGUUUGGUGGAGGUGAAAAGUAAAUUGGAGGCUUGUGUUGGUACAUAUCUUUCUGGGUAUCCAUCCAUGGGAUCUGUUGAAGUUGUGCUUAAGCUCUUGGGGAAUGUAGUUAGGGAACCAGAGAACGCCAAGUUUAGGAAGAUUCGGAUGGGAAAUCCGAAGAUAAGGGAGGCUUUGGGUGAUGUUCCAGGAGGGGUGGAAUUGUUGGAGUGUGUUGGGUUUGAACUGAAAGAGGAAGGUGGGGAGAUGUGGGCAGUUAUGGAUGUCCCUUCUGGGGAGCGAAUUGGUUUGAUUAAGAAUGCAAUAUUGUUUUUAGAACCACAAAAGGUUGAAGAUCUGCCAACGACAGCUCCAAUUAAGAUAGAUGAACCGGUUGAGCUGAAGAAAGUCGAUAGACAGAUCCGGGUGUUCUUUGCUGUCCCUGAACGUGUAGCGGCGAAAAUCGACCUGCCAGAUUCAUUCUAUAAUCUCUCACUUGAAGAAUUGAGAAGAGAAGCAGAUAUGAGGAAGAAAAAGAUGGCAGAAUCCCAGCUUUUGAUUCCUAAGUCAUACAAAGAAAAGCAGAACAAAGCUGCGAGGAAGAGGUACAGAAAAACUCUUAUCCGGGUACAGUUUCCUGAUGGAUUGGUGCUUCAAGGUGUCUUUUCUCCUUGGGAGCCAACUAGUGCUCUUUACGAGUUUGUGAGCUCAGCACUGAAAGAACCCAGCUUGGAGUUUGAGCUGGUACAUCCUGUUGUUAUCAAACGGCGGGUGAUCCCACAUUUUCCUGCAGCAGGAGAUAAAGUCACAACUCUUGAAGAGGAGGAUUUGGUUCCUACAGCACUUAUCAAGUUCAGACAUAUCGAAACAGACUCCAUUGUUUUCACCGGUCUCUGUAACGAGCUACUUGAAAUCAGUGAACCCCUUCUGACUGACUCUGCAGUUCCUUCUGUGUAAGCUCCCCCUGUCUUCAGUGCCAUUGCUGCAUCAUGCACCUUGGGGGGUGAGUAUCUAUCCCCAUAAAUGAUUCGGAGGUGUCUCAAAAUGUGUCACCCACAUACAGCAAAACCCCCCUCCUCCUUUCUUUUCUUUAUUUUUUUUUUUUGCCAAAAAACCAUUUUUUUUCUUUUCAUGUUGCAAUUUAUGAUGACGUUAUUCUUUCUUCCUACUUUCUUUGUAGAUUGCCUGAAGGCUGUAUUUGGGUACUCCUAUUUUGUACUUGAUUUUUAGCAUAAGAAGGUUUUUGUGGGCAAUAUUAGUUGUAUAUUAAUCU